CGUUCAACUUAUACGACCUCUAACAUUAAGUCGAUGAUUGGCAAAGAUCGUGAGGCGCUUCGAGGUCCUGCUUCUGAUCGAACCAAUGCUCGGACGCAAUACUCGCCUCCUUAUUGGGAUUAUCGUGACCAUAUUGAUUCCUUCCAUCCCACAGGCUCUACGUACAAGCCUUCCUAUGCCACCCUCCCGCCUAGGCAACCCGGAAUAAAAAACGAACCUUUCGGCAAUGACAACUUGGGAGCUACCAACUUCGCUGAGCACAUAACCUAUGGCCUCACUCCAUCCAUUACCGGCAGUCCCCAGGGCAAAAUGAAUCGACCAACGUACAAGGAUUCAGGAACAAAUAUGAGAAUUCCAAAGUACAGAAACGCAGGUACCAGUAUGGAGGUUCCCAGCUACGAAGACGCAGCAACGGACACAUCAACACCAACCUACAGAAACGCCUCGACGAAUACUUCAGAAGUUGAUCAAUCUAUCCCCGCCAUAAGCUUGAGUGCGAAGAUCCAAGACCUCUCAGCACGCGCACAGUCCAUGGAUCUUGACACCUAUCUUAGAGAGAUUAAAUGGAUCACUGGAAAACUGGAAAAAGCCUUGCUACUAAAAGAGAUGAGUGAGAUUCAGGAGAACAUCAACAAGCUCGCAGGUUGCCGUCUUUUCAUGGAACAUGCAGAGUUUAUGGAGGAUAUGAACACGCUGUCGGUGCGUUACCAGGAGCUUGUUGCGUACCACAAGGACGCUGUGCAGGAUUCUGCAGGCCAAAAGGCUGCUGAUGGAAUGACAAGGUAGUAAAUCCCCCCCAAAGCACCCAAUGCCACUCCCCUUUCCCUUAUACAAAUCACAACUUCAUCUGUUUUCUUUCUCUCCUUUGGACGGUCUGAAAAGUGCACUCAUGCAUUGAAGGCAAGUCCUUGUAUCCCAUAAAUGAUUACCAGAUUACUGUCGCGAGGUUAAUGGUGGGUGUAUAUCGGUCGGUUUGCUUCUGGUCUGCUUGUCGUUAAGGAUAUACCCAUGUUCUAGCUUUGCACUUGUCCGAAAAACAUUGCAAGCCUUUUCUUUCUUUCAUCUGCUAUUGAGGGCACAUCAU